AUGAGCGAUAGUCGGGGUCGUGUUUCUCUUCUUGCCGCGCUACUGAUUGCUGUCUGCAUCUUUUUAGAACUUGCAGUGCCGACCCUUGCGCGGCCGCUCAAUGGGACGGAAGACCUGCCAUCAGCGCAUGGGCUCAGCAUGAACCUCCAAACAGGAAGGAAGCUGCUCGCUGUCGGCACGUGCACGAUCGUCUCGACCGAUAAGCGGUUCACCGCUUAUACCUGCGGCUCGGGCGCUUAUGCCGACCGCCCAUACGCCGCCUGUUGCAUCAGCCCCACUAGUUGCCUGAGCGCGCGCAUCGCUCCGCGCUCCGACUGUUCCGCCAACGGAAUCUUCACCAGCCCCUCGUGCUGCUAUGAUACGAGCAGCCGCUCGCCGCCCGCUUAUAAUACGAGGAGUUCCAGUUCCGGAGACAGUCCGUCUUCCCCAGAAAGGAAGUUGUUGGUAGCGGGGAUUGUUGCUGCCGUUAUUGGAAUCGUGGUACUCAGUUGUUUGGGGUUCCUCCUGUGUUGCCUCGUGAAGAAGAGGACGAAGGAAGUGGAGAAGGACCGCCGGAAUUCCGCUUACGUUCCGGCGGAUCGGCCGGUGCCAGCACACCCGGCUUCCAGUGGUGAGCAGAAAACGUUCCUCCGUUCUUUCGUCUCCUUUUGCUACAGAAUGGGUUCGCUAGAACGGACCAGAAGGUCCCGCUGUGUAUUCAGGAGCGUCGUGAGUGAGUACGCCGGGAACGGCCAAGCUCGCGUCCCGAGAAGCGCUUAA